AAUUGUAUUUGUUGAAAGUAGAUCGAUAUAAUUAAAAAUGGAUGAAACUCAAUUCACAGAUAACGCAUUAAAAAUUAUUACUAAUGCCAGUCAAUUGGCAAAAGAUAAUGCUCAUUCUCAAUUAUUACCAUUACAUUUUCUUGCUGCUAUGGUACCAACUGAUGAUGAAAAUUCUGUACCAUAUUUAAAGACAUUAAUUCAAAAGGCAAGAUUUGAAUGGCCUAAUUUUGAAAGAGCUGUUAAUAAACAUUUAGUAAGAUUACCAUCACAAAAUCCUCCUCCUGAUGAUGUUAGACCAAGUUAUGCUGCUGGUCAAGUAUUACAAAAGGCAACAAAAAUUAAAGCUCAACAAAAGGAUAAUUAUGUAGCUCAAGAUCAUAUAUUAUUGGCAUUAUUAGAAGAUUCAAGUAUUAAAGAUAUAUUUAAAGAAGCUGGUAUAAAUACAGAAACUAUAAAAAAUCAAGCUAUUGAAUUAAGAGGUAGUCAAAGAAUUGAUUCAAGACAAGCUGAUUCUUCAUCUUCAUAUGAAUUUUUAAAUAAAUAUUGUGAAGAUUUAACUGAAAAGGCUAGAGAAGGUAGAAUAGAUCCUGUUAUUGGUAGAGAAGAAGAAAUAAGAAGAGUAAUUAGAGUUUUAGCAAGAAGAACUAAAUCAAAUUCUGUACUUAUUGGUGAUGCAGGUGUUGGUAAAACUUCAAUUGUUGAAGGUGUAGCACAAAGAAUUAUUGAUGGUGAUGUUCCAAAUGUUUUAUCUAAUUCAAGAUUAUUUGCUUUGGAUUUAGGAGCUUUAACUGCUGGUGCUAAAUAUAAAGGUGAAUUUGAAGAAAGAAUAAAGGGAGUUUUAAAUGAAAUUGAAAAAUCAAAAGAAUUCAUUAUUUUAUUUAUUGAUGAAAUUCAUAUGUUAAUGGGUGAUGGUAAAUCAGAUGCUGCUAAUUUAUUAAAACCAAUGUUAGCUAGAGGUACAUUACAUUGUAUUGGUGCCACUACAUUUGCAGAAUAUAGAAAAUUCAUAGCUAAAGAUGGAGCAUUUGAAAGAAGAUUUCAAAAGAUUGAUGUUCCAGCUGCUACUGUUAAUGAAACCAUUGCUAUUUUAAGAGGUUUACAACCAAAAUAUGAAAUUCAUCAUGGAGUAAGAAUUUUAGAUAGUGCAUUAGUAACUGCUGCUCAAUUAGCUUCAAGAUAUUUAACUUAUAGAAGUUUACCAGAUUCAGCUGUUGAUUUAAUUGAUGAAACUGCUGCAGCAGUGGCUGUUGCUAGAGAUUCAAAGCCAGAAGAAUUGGAUAAUUUGGAAAGGCAAUUACAUUUAAUUGAAGUUGAAAUUAAUGCAUUAGAAAGAGAUGUUGAAGCAGAUGCAAAUUCUAAGGAUAGAUUAGAAUUAGCUAAAAGAAAACAAGCUGAUUUAGAAGAAAAAUUGGCUCCAUUAAGAGAAAGAUUUAGUCAAGAAAAAGCUUCUCAUGAUUUAUUAAUUGCUGCUAAAAGAAAAUUAGAUGAAUUAGAAAUUAAAGCUCAAGAUGCUGAAAGAAGACAUGAUACUGGUACUGCAGCUGAUUUAAGAUAUUUUGCAAUUCCAGAUGUUGAAAAACAAAUUGAACAAUUAGAACUUAAAGUUGCUGAAGAAGAAGCAUCAGGUGGACCAGAUUUAUUAUUAAAGAAUGCUGUUGGAUCUGAACAAGUUGCAGAAACUGCAGCUAGAUUAACUGGAAUACCUGUUACUAAAUUAACUCAAGCAGAAAAUACUAAAUUAAUUAAUAUGGAAAAGGAAUUAGCUUCAGGAGUUGUUGGACAAACAGAAGCUAUUAAAGCAGUUUCAAAUGCUGUAAGAUUAAGUAGAUCAGGUUUAGCUAAUCCAAAUCAACCAGCUUCAUUCUUAUUCUUAGGUUUAUCUGGUUCUGGUAAAACUGAAUUAGCAAAGAAAGUUGCUGGAUUCUUAUUUGCUGAUGAAAGAGCCAUGAUAAGAAUUGAUUGUUCUGAAUUAGGAGAUAAAUGGUCAGCAUCUAAAUUAUUAGGAGCUGCCCCAGGUUAUGUUGGUUAUGAAGAAGGUGGUAUUUUAACUGAACCAUUAUUAAGAAGACCAUAUUCAGUUUUAUUAUUUGAUGAAGUUGAAAAAGCUGCUCCUGAAGUUUUAACAGUAUUAUUACAAAUUUUAGAUGAUGGUAGAGUUACUUCUUCACAAGGUAAAGUUGUUAAUUGUUCUAAUGCAAUUAUAAUUAUGACAUCUAAUUUAGGAGCUGAAUAUAUUAAUGCAGCAAAGGGAUCUAAAAUAUCUUCAGAAACUAAACAAUUAGUAAUGGGAUCAGUUAGAGCUCAUUUCAGACCAGAAUUUUUAAACAGAAUUUCUUCAACUGUUGUAUUUAAUAGAUUAUCCAGAAAGGCUAUUGCUAAGAUUGUUAAGAUUAGAUUAAAUGAAAUUGAAAAGAGAUUUGCUGCCAAUAGUAAAUCACUUAGUUUGGAUGUUGAUGAUGCUGCUAUUGAAUAUUUAUGUAAGAAUGGUUAUUCACCUGAUUUAGGUGCUAGACCAUUAAACAGACUUAUUCAACAAGAACUUUUAAAUCGUCUUGCAGUAUUAUUAUUAAAGGGACAAAUUAAAGAUAAAGAAACUGCUAAAGUUACUGUUGGUGAAAAAGGUUUGGAAGUUUUACCAAACCAUGAAGCUGAUGAUGAGGAUAUGGAUGUAGAUGUUGAAGAUUGGAAAGAUACUGAUGAUGAUGAUGAUGAAGCAGGAGAUGACUUUGAUGAAUUAAGUACUCCAGGACUUGAUUAAAUUUAAGUUUGACAUUUAUUAAAAAAAAAAUUUUUAAUUUUAUAUCUUUAAUUAUAUAGGAAAGUUGUACAUAUUUAAUAAUUAUAGGGAUUUUUAUGAGGUUUAAAUGCUCAUUUUUUCUUUUUGUAGAUAUCUAAUCGGUAUAGUAGUUUACACGUGAC